ACGGCCAUUUUGUGCUCUGUGGGCACUAGUGGGCUCGAAGUCGUCAGUGUAUCCCAUGUGUGUGGACGGCAAGAAAACCAGUUGACCAAGGAUGCUGAAGAUGUACAUUGUGCUGCAUAUGGUUGCAUAAAACGUCGUACAAUUAUGACAAGCGAACUUGUCAAUGGUUUGCCAUCUACGGGAACGUCGACCUCCCCAACAUGGCCGCCACAUAGGCACGUCGGAGAGCUGGGAUUACACACGUAGUCUAAUUUUACAACACUUUCCCUCAUCGUUUCCCGACCACGAACGGCUUUACGGCAGAAUUUGGUCACGCGUGCUGUCCUCGCAUGGAGGACUUUGCAAGUCUAUACUCGCUGCUAAAGUUAUAAUUUCGAAGAAUGUCCUUCAGAGGAGGCGGAGGACGAGGCGGUGGAAGAGGUGGAGGUUUUUACCGGGGAGGUGGAGGCUAUAAUAAUAACCGAGGCGGUGGCGGUGGCAGAGGAGGCUUCGGCGGCCGGGGUGGGGGUCGUGGUGGCUUCCGACAGCAAGACUAUGGACCCCCUGAAUAUGUUGUUGCUUUAGGAGAGUUUGUGCAUCCUUGCGAGGAUGACAUCGUGUGCAAGUGCACAACUGAGGAAAACAAGGUUCCCUACUUCAAUGCGCCGGUGUACUUGGAAAACAAAGAGCAGAUCGGAAAGGUGGACGAGAUCUUUGGACAGCUCCGCGACUUUUAUUUUUCCGUCAAACUGUCUGAAAACAUGAAGGCGUCUUCGUUUAAGAAACUGCAGAAGUUUUAUAUAGAUCCAAUGAAGCUCCUUCCGCUGCAGAGGUUCCUGCCCAGGCCGCCCGGCGAAAAGGGUCCGCCAAGGGGAGGCCGAGGCGGGGGUAGAGGCGGAGGACGGGGAGGUGGUCGCGGAGGUGGAUUCCGGGGCGGAAGGGGAGGCUUCGGAGGCAGAGGUGGAGGCUUCGGAGGCAGAGGUGGAGGAUUCGGAGGAGGUGGCAGAGGUGGAGGAUUCGGAGGUGGUGGGCGUGGAGGCGGCGGCUUCAGAGGAAGAGGAGGCAGCGGCGGGCGUGGUUUCAGAGGCGGGAGAUGAUCUGCUGUGGGUCCACAAUUUAUCCCCGUCCUCUAUGAGGGUUACAAAGUUGGACAUUGCCUCUUUGGGUGGAUUUAUUUCUUAAGUUGUCACUUUUUUUUUUUUUUUUUUUUUACUCGUAUGACUGAUUGACCUUUAUAUUUUAUUAAAAGGCUCAUAUGUAUGCUUGCUAUAAACCUCGAGUCAUAUGAACUUGAACACAUGCAUUUGCAAACAGUCAUUAGUCACAAAUGUGAGGGGGUGUGGAGUUUGGGUUCUAACUUGGUUGAAUUGAAAAGUAUUUUAAUGUUCUGUUGUCAGUAGAAAAUUGUCAUUCAUUAAAUGUUUUUGUAUAAAAUA